CUCUCAUUAAUCUUUUUUUAUGCUUCACAGCUCUCUCUGUGUGCUUGUUUCUCUCUCCAAGUUGUCAAAAACCUCUCUCUCUCUCUCUGUCUCUCUCUCUCUCUCUCUCUCUCUCUCUGUUAGGACCUCUGUUAACGUUAUUAUUCAAUGAUGUCUCUCUGUGUUUAUCUAGAAAGCUUCAAUUGUAAUUAGAAACUUGAAUUGACUGAAGUUUAUUUGAAUUAGAAAACAUUGAAGAUUAUUAAAGUGUGGGGACUGUUGAAUUUGAUAGUAAAUGGUAGGAAGAAGUAAAAUGGAGGUCUGUGUUUCAAUGAACUGCUAUGGUUCACCACAGUACAUAAAUGAUGCAUACAAAGACAGAAAACAAAAGUUUACUUGUUUGUAAUUAUUUACUGCAAUUAUCGACUUGUUUCAAUGAACUGCAGUUAUUGACUUGUUUGUAAAUCUUGUUGAGAUGCAACACAUAUGCAAAGUAUUCGACAAAAUUCCUAAGAGAUGGUUGUUAUGACAUCAGAAUUCCUAGAGAUUUUCAUGCAUUGCAUCCCCAUUGCCGAAGUAUUUUUAUGUAUUUUCUAUUUGGUUUUUCUUUUAAUGUAAAAUUUGGGCAAGGUACCUACUUUUCUUUUUAGUUUUUAAAAAUCUCCAGUUGCCAUUUUUAUAUCAACUCUUUCUCUUUCAAAUUUAUAAUCACAGUGACCUACAUGAUAGACCCACAAAAUAUAUGAUCCAAAAUCCAUAUCAAUGAUGGAUUUUGGGAGGUCGACUCCAUGUAACAGGUGUGUCUCAAAGCACACCAAAAUCAUAUCCCGCUUUAAUAUAUAUGCAAAAUAGAUAUGGGAGAGUUAAGAUGAGCCGUGAGUUUGAUAUUAUUGCCCUAUAUGUUAAGUCUCUUGUCCCUACUACUUUCAUUCUCUUUGUAAAUUCUUUUACUUGUUUGUAAUUAUUGACUGCGAUUAUUGACUUGUUUCAAUGAACUGCAGUUAUUGACUUGUUUGUAAAUCUUGUUGAGAUCCAACACAUGUACAAAGUAUUCGACAAAAUUCCUAAUAGAGGCCUGUUAUGAUACCAAAAUUCCUAGAUUUUCAUGCUUUUAGAUCCCCAUUGCCAAAGUAUUUUUAUGUAUUUUCUAAAUGGUAGGAAGAAGUAAAAUGGAGGUCCAUGUGAUUCACCACAUUAGAUAAGCGAUGAAUGUAAAGUAAAAAAACAAAUAAAAUUAAAAUAGAAAAAGACAUGCAAAAAAAUGUGAAAUGGAUGUCUUUGUGGUUUUGAUUUAUUUAGCCAUCAUAAGUUUUAUGAAGAAACCCCAAAAAUCUCUAAUAUAUCAAUAUUAUCUAUUUUACUCAUUUUUUUGCAGGUACUCACAAUCAAACUUGAGUCCUUUUUUACAGGUACAUAAGUAUAUGGAAACUCCUCCAAAGGAGACCAUGCUUGUAGAGGUCUUUGCUUCAAUCGUAGAAACCCAUUAGAAAUAGUUCCUAGUGAUUUAGUUCCAUACCAUGGAAAAAUAUUUUCAAGUCAUGAUGAUGCUUAUAAUUUUACAAGAGUUUUGCCAAGGCAUGGGGGUUUUCACUGCGUCUUCAACAAACAAUUGUAAAAGAAGGUGAUGGCAAUGGAACUACUAGAAGAUAUUAUGUUUGCCAUAGGGACGGCCAUUUGACAAACAAAGAAUUGUCUGCAAAUAAAUGAGAAAGAGAUUGAUCAUCAAAGAGAUGCAAUUGUGGAGCGCAUAUGAGUAUCGCAAAAGUCAUGGAUUCUGAUAUUUCUUAUUGGCGUGUUGUAACCUUUGGUAAUCUACACAAUCAUGAUGUUCUCGAGCCAUAAGAAGUUAGAUUUUUGCCUGCUUAUCAUAAUAUUUCAGAAAGCUACAAGCAUCAUAUUCAACAAUUUUCCAAAGUUGGUAUAUGUGUUAGAGAUAUGAUGUGGUUGUUUGAAAUAGAGAGAAAUCUUAAACCAAGGGAAUUACAAUUUUUAGAUAAAGAUAUCUAGAACUUUGUAUGUGCUACGAACAAUGCGAACCGUGACAAUGAUGCUCAUAUUCUCUUAACAAAAUGUAAUCAAAUGAAAGAUAGAGAUAAAGAUUUUAAGUACGAUUUUACAGUUAGUGAAGAUAACAGGUUGGAGCAUAUUGUUUGGUCUCAUGGUUAUUGUUCUCGUGCAUAUGAGAUCUUCGGUGAUGUAGUUUUCGAUACAACUUACCGGUCAAAUGGUUACUCUAUGCCAUUCGGUAUUUGGGUAGGUGUCAAAAACCAUGGUGACACUCGUUUGUUUGGGUGUGUUCUACUAUGAGAUGAAAGAGUUCAAUGAAGAUGACAGUUGUUAUUGAGAUGAGAGAUGUGGUGGGUCAAAGACGUUUGAUGCAACAAAAGUCCAACAAUGUGGAUGUUCGAACAGCGUGCCCUUUUGAAGACCAUGCAGCACUCGUCUUAACUCCAUAUGCAUUUUCUAAGAUACAAGAAGAAAUUAUUUCAUCUUUCCAAUUUUUGACAUCUAGAAAUGAUGAUGGAACCUAUGAAGUGACACACUCUUCUAAGAAAGAAAAAGGGCGAAAAGUUUCUUUGACAGUGAAAGAUAAUGUUAUGAAUUGCAGUUGUAAAGGGUUUGAGUUUACUGGUAUCAUUUGCAGGCAUUCUCUUCAUGUUCUCUUCAAGGAAAAUUUUAUUCAAAUUCCAGAUCGAUAUCUGCCAAAACGUUGGAGGCGCUCUACAUCAUUGAUAUCAAAUGUUAGCUCGAGCACAUCAGCUGCAUAUGUUGAGCGUGUCCAAACUAUACAAUCACUAGCAUCAACAAUUGGUACAAAAGGUGCAAGAUUUGAUGAUUGCUACAAGUUCAUUAUGGAGCAAUUUUCAAGAAUUUUGGAACAUGUUGAAGAAGUAGAAUGCAUGAGGUCUCCUAUGGUUGAUGAAACAUCUAAUGCAAGUCUAGCAACUGAAGAGGAUAAAAAUAGACUUCAUUGUGAAAGCAUCCAUGUAAAAAACCCUAUUCGGUCUAUCACAAAAGGGCAGCCUCCUGAAAAAAGGUUAAAGCCCCAUAUUGAAGUUGCCAAGAAACCCAGAUAUUGUAAGGUUCCUUCAUGUGGCUAAAUUGGCCAUGAUUAUAGGAAUUGUCCAUUAAGAAGAGGUUAAUUUAAGUAAUCAUUAUUUGUUAGAGAACACCAUUCUUGGUGUGAUGUUGACACAAUUUUGGGGCUAGAAAUGCUACUUUGCAUAUGAGAUUUUGAACAUUUACAUGUGAUUUUGUGUAUGUAAUUUUGGAGUUGUACAUAAUGAUUAUUGUAAGGUUGAAAUAGGAAUGCAAUAUUGAUGUUGUGCAUCA